CUUCCUUUCAACAUGGCGCUGACAGGUUGCUGACAGAAAUCGGUGGGAUUUCCUUUCUGGGAUAAAGGAUAUUUUUAUGUUUCUUCUUAGUGCUCCAAUGUUACCCGCUCUAAAAAAAUAAGACUAUAACAACACUAUUCUGUCCACGGGGCAGCAGCUUUGAAUACAGUUCCAUCACAUCAUGUAUGAGAGUAAAACGAGAAACAUGUUUUUAAACCGAGCACUGGAGAAGAUUUUAGCCGAUAAGGAGGUGAAAAAAGCUCAUCAUUCCCAGUUGCGCAAAGCCUGUGAGGUGGCACUAGAGGAAAUUAAAGAAGAAACAGAGAAGCUGAGUCCCCCUCCUGGAGACAGCAAUGCUGAUUCCAGUACCCUACCACCGGUCAAGUCCAAGGAUACCAUCAUUGAAGCAGACAAGUACUUCCUGCCAUUUGAGUUAGCCUGCCAGUCCAAAUGUCCUCGCAUUGUCAUCACAUCUUUAGAUUGUUUACAGAAACUCAUUGCUUAUGGCCACCUCACUGGAAACGCACCAGACAACACCACGCCUGGUAAGAGGUUGAUCGAUAGAAUCAUCGAGACGAUAUGUGGCUGCUUUCAAGGCCCUCAGACAGACCAAGGUGUUCAGCUACAAAUUAUAAAGGCUCUGCUGACAUCGGUGACCUCUCAACACAUCGAAAUCCACGAGGGCACAGUGCUGCAGGCUGUCAGGACUUGCUACAACAUCUACCUGGCCAGCAAGAACCUCAUCAACCAGACCACGGCCAAGGCCACCCUCACACAGAUGCUCAAUGUUAUCUUUGCACGUAUGGAGAACCAAGCACUCCAGGAGGCCAGACAGAUGGAGAAGGAGCGUCUGAGACAGCAGCAUCUGCAGCCGUCACCUGUCAGCCAACAGGGGCAGGAGCCUCCUGCCUCCCCUCAUCUGGAGCCCCCUGCCUCCCCUAAACAGGAGCAGCACACCGCCUCACCCCCACCUCAGGAGGAGGCCACCCAGAUGCCUGAGCAGAACACUUGUGGGGACCUGGAGUCUGGGAACGGUUCUGUGUUCUGCAGUGCUGAGAAUGAGCAGACGGAGGCGGACCAAGCUACCACUGCUGCUGCACAGGGUUUUUCUCCGCAAGAUGCUGAAGGGGUUGUUGAGCAAGAACCAUUCAACUAUGAGGAGGAGCAGGCUCAAGAGAUGGUCCAGACCAUGCUGCAGGAAGUUGUCAGUACAGUUGUUGGAGAAUGCAGGGAGAGUGUGUGCAGCGCUACAGAGUGUGUAGACGAUAUGCCAGUCCCGGUGGAGGAGGAGGGCGGGCUGGGCAGCGACACAGAGAACGUCCAUACCAACGGUAUCCCUGGCACACCUAUAUCUGCCAGCUUCACCCCCUCACUGACAGAUGACAGGAUCUCUGUCUCCUCCAACGACACUCAGGAAUCUGGAGCUACGAGUGGUUCGUCUCCUGUUGCUAAGUUCUCCCAUAUCCUCCAGAAGGAUGCCUUUCUAGUUUUCCGCUCUCUCUGCAAACUCUCUAUGAAGCCACUGUCUGAUGGACCUCCUGAUCCUAAAUCUCACGAGCUGCGCUCCAAGGUGCUGUCCCUCCAGCUGCUGUUGUCCAUCCUGCAGAACGCGGGGCCCGUCUUCAAGACCAACGAGAUGUUCAUCAACGCCAUCAAGCAGUACCUGUGUGUGGCGCUGUCUAAGAACGGCGUCUCCUCCGUCCCCGAGGUCUUUGAGCUCUCGCUCUCCAUCUUCCUCACCCUCCUCUCCCACUUCAAGACUCACCUCAAGAUGCAAAUCGAGGUGUUUUUCAAGGAGAUCUUCCUCUACAUCCUGGAGACGUCCACCAGCUCCUAUGAUCAUAAAUGGAUGGUGAUCCAGAGCCUCACCAGGAUCUGUGCAGACGCCCAGAGUGUGGUGGAUAUCUAUGUCAACUACGACUGUGACCUGAACGCUGCCAAUAUAUUUGAGAGGCUGGUCAAUUACCUAUCGAAGAUAGCACAGGGCAGAGUGGGGCAUGAGCUUGGCACCACACCUGCUCAGGAACUGAGCUUGAGAAAAAAGGGUCUGGAGUGUCUGGUGUCCAUUCUCAAGUGUAUGGUGGAGUGGAGCAAUGAUCAGUAUGUGAACCCUAACUCUCAGACCAGUCUAGGUCAGGAGAAGCCCGUGGAUCAGGAGCCCAGUGAGAGCACCAAGCCACCAGAGAGUAUCAACCGCUACGGCAGCCUCAACUCCCUGGACUCCAGCGCCUCCUCAGGCAUCGGCUCCUACAGCACCCUCAUGUCAGGAACGGACAACGCAGAGCAGUUCGAGGUCCUCAAGCAGCAGAAAGAGAUCAUAGAGCAAGGCAUCGACCUGUUCAACAAGAAGCCAAAGAGGGGCAUCCAGUACCUGCAGGAGCAAGGGAUGCUGGGUACCACACCAGAGGACCUAGCCCAGUUCCUGCAUCAGGAGGAGAGGCUAGACUCUACUCAGGUGGGUGAGUUCAUCGGGGAUAACGAGCGCGUUAAUAAAGAGGUGAUGUACGCCUAUGUUGACCAGAUGGAUUUCCAAGGCAAGGACUUUGUCUCGGCUCUGCGUCUAUUCCUGGAGGGCUUCCGUCUGCCCGGAGAGGCCCAGAAGAUUGAUCGUCUCAUGGAAAAAUUUGCGGCCAGAUAUUUAGAAUGUAACCAAGGGCAAACUGAGUUCGCUAGUGCAGAUACAGCCUAUGUCCUGGCUUAUUCAAUCAUUAUGCUGACAACAGACCUUCACAGUCCCCAAGUGAAGAAUAAAAUGACAAAAGAGCAAUACAUCAAGAUGAACCGAGGAAUCAACGACAGCAAAGAUUUACCUGAGGAGUACCUGUCAGCUAUUUACGAUGAAAUCGCAGGGAAGAAAAUAGCCAUGAAUGAAACCAAAAAAUUAACCCUCAAAUCCAGCAAACAAAGUGUAGCCAGUGAGAAGCAGAGGCGUCUGCUGUAUAACGUAGAGAUGGAGCAGAUGGCUAAGACAGCCAAGGCCCUGAUGGAGGCAGUCAGCCACGUCCAGGCUCCCUUCACCAGUGCCACCCACCUAGACCACGUCAGACCCAUGUUCAAGGUAACCCACCUAGACCACGUCAGACCCAUGUUCAAGUUGGCAUGGACCCCGUUCUUAGCCGCGUUCAGCGUGGGUCUUCAGGACUGUGAUGACACUGAGGUAGCCUCUCUGUGUCUGGAGGGGAUCCGCUGUGCCAUCAGGAUAGCCUGCAUCUUCACCAUCCAGCUAGAGCGUGAUGCGUACGUCCAGGCCCUGGCGCGGUUCACCCUGCUCACAGCCAGCUCUGGUAUCUCUGAGAUGAAGCAGAAGAAUAUUGACACCAUCAAGACUCUCAUCACCGUCGCCCACACUGAUGGCAACUACCUGGGCAACUCCUGGCACGAGAUCCUGAAGUGUAUCAGUCAGUUGGAGCUGGCCCAGCUUAUCGGGACAGGGGUGAAGGCUCGCUACAUCUCAGGGACAGUCCCGGCCAAAGGGGGCCUCCUGGCCAGCCUGAGAGAGCAGGCCUCAGACAGCUCAGAGUACCUGGGACUGGUUGGAGGUAAUGUGGACCGUAAACAAAUAGCCAGUAUUCAGGAGUCCAUUGGAGAGACGAGCUCCCAGAGUGUCGUCGUUGCUGUUGACAGGAUAUUUACUGGUUCUACUAGACUCGAUGGCAAUGCAAUAGUUGAUUUUGUCCGGUGGUUGUGUGCUGUAUCCAUGGACGAGCUUGCCUCACCGACACAUCCGCGUAUGUUCAGCCUUCAGAAGAUUGUGGAGAUUUCCUACUACAACAUGGGCCGCAUCAGGCUUCAAUGGUCUAGAAUUUGGGAAGUCAUCGGGGACCAUUUUAACAAGGUUGGAUGUAACUCCAAUGAGGAUGUGGCUAUAUUUGCUGUUGACUCCCUGAGGCAGCUGUCUAUGAAAUUCUUAGAAAAAGGAGAGCUCGCCAACUUCCGUUUCCAGAAGGAUUUCUUGAGGCCUUUCGAACAUAUCAUGAAGAAGAACAGGUCUCCCACCAUUCGAGACAUGGUGGUGAGGUGUAUAGCUCAGAUGGUGAACUCCCAGGCUGGGAACAUCCGGUCAGGCUGGAAGAACAUCUUCUCAGUGUUCCACCUGGCUGCCUCGGACCAGGACGGGAGCAUCGUAGAGCUGGCCUUCCAGACCACCGGCUACAUCGUCACGAAUGUAUUUGAGAAGCACUUCCCGGCCACCAUUGACUCUUUCCAGGAUGCUGUAAAGUGUCUGUCUGAGUUUGCCUGCAACGCCUCCUUCCCUGACACCAGCAUGGAGGCCAUCCGCCUCAUACGCCACUGUGCCAAAUAUGUGUCUGAGAGGCCACAGGCCUUCAAAGACUACACCAGCGAUGACAUGAAUGUAGCCCCGGAGGACCGGGUGUGGGUGCGAGGAUGGUUCCCCAUCCUCUUUGAGCUCUCCUGCAUCAUCAACCGGUGUAAACUGGACGUCAGGACCAGGGGCUUGACUGUGAUGUUUGAGGUGAUGAAGACCUAUGGUCACACCUACAAGAAACACUGGUGGCAGGAUCUGUUCAGGAUCAUCUUUAGGAUAUUUGACAACAUGAAACUUCCAGAGCAGCAGACUGAGAAAGCUGAAUGGAUGACCACCACCUGUAACCAUGCACUUUACGCCAUCUGUGAUGUCUUCACUCAGUACUUUGAGCCUCUCAGUGAUAUUCUCCUGGAUGAUAUCCUGUCCCAACUGUACUGGUGUGUACAACAAGACAACGAGCAGCUGGCGCGCUCAGGGACCAACUGUCUGGAAAAUGUAGUCAUUCUGAACGGGGAGAAGUUCAGCCCAGAGAUAUGGGACAAAACCUGUAACUGUAUGCUGGACAUCUUCAAAACAACCAUCCCUCAUGCGUUACUGACGUGGAGACCAGCUGGAGGAGAGGGGGAGCUGAUGCCACAGUACGACCUCUCAAACCUGGACUCCAUAUCCCAGAAGUCAGUGGACAUUCAGACUCAUACGGAGGACCAGCAGUCAGUGUGCAGUGUGGACAGGAUCUCCCUGGAGAACCAGAGGCAGAGGACAUACAGCGGCUCCUCAGGCACACAUGAGGACGGCCCCAGGGCUAGGAACCCAGCCAAGAUGCAGGAGCAGAGGUUAUUCUCAGCGCUGCUCAUUAAGUGUGUUGUACAGCUGGAGCUAAUCCAGACCAUAGACAACCUGGUCUUCUUUCCCGCCAGCAGCAGGAAGGAGGAUGCAGAGAACCUGGCUGCUGCACAGAGAGACACAGUUGAUGCAGAUGUCCAGUUGGAGGCCCAGGACCAGGGAAUGUACCACUAUCUGACCUCGGAUCAGCUCUUCAAACUGCUGGACUGUCUGCUGGAGUCCCACCGCUUCGCCAAGGCCUUUAACUCCAACAACGAGCAGAGGACUGUCCUGUGGAAGGCUGGUUUCAAGGGGAAGUCCAAACCCAACCUGUUGAAGCAGGAGACCAACAGUCUGGCCUGUGGCCUCCGCAUCCUGUUCCGCAUGUACACAGAUGACAGCCGCAAGGCAGCCUGGGAGGAGGUGCAGAGACGACUGCUCAAUGUGUGUGGGGAGGCCCUGGCCUACUUCCUCACUCUGACGUCAGAGAGCCACCGGGAAGCCUGGACCAAUCUCCUCCUCCUCUUCCUCACCAAGGUUGUGAAGAUCAGCGAUGACCGGUUCAAGGCCCAUGCAUCCAGGUACUUCCCGCUUCUCUGUGAGAUCAUGCAGUUUGACCUGAUUCCAGAACUCCGGGCCGUGCUGCGUAAGUUCUUUCUCCGCAUCGGCAACGCCUUCGACAUCUCACUGCUGCCUAUUCACCGAGAGGAGCUAGGUCCUGCUGGGAGCCAGUGACAUCAUCACUAGUGGACCAGGAACAGCACAGUACACAGGCUGCUCAUAGUCUCUCUCUGAGGUGGGAGAGGGGAAGGGUGCAUCCCAAAUGGCACUACAUUAUGGUACUGGAAGCUCCUCCAUGCUGCACAGUGAUGUUAACUAUUGACGGUAGUGUGGUGAGUGGGGCCCAGAAAAGCACUGAAUGAAUGGCUGCAGUAUGGCUUCCUUGUACAGCAUAGAAAUACCCUACAAUAUCAUACAGAUGAUGGUUAUAACAGUGCAAUUAUUCUGGUCAUUUCUCCCCCUCUGACCAGAGGACUAACUAACAUUGUGGAGGCUGUGAUGUGUGCUUUUUGGUAUCUCUUGGCAUUAUUUUAUGGAACUGAGGAGGUAUGAAAUUGUUAGUGAAAAGGAUGAGUAAUGUUAGCAGUGAUUUUUCUUUUGCACAGCCACUAGAUACCAAACAGCAGCCCUCCAAUACAACUAGACAAUUCAAAAGUAGCUUUGUAAUAUACUAAGGCCAUGUUUACAGACUAGACAGACCAGUUCUGAUCUUUUUUUAAAUUCCACUAAUUACAUCAGAUCUGAUUUGUGAAAAAAAGAUCAGAAUCGGGCUGCCGGUGUAAACGCAACUUAAAACCUGUCAUGCGUUUUUCUUUUGAAAUCUAACAGCACUUGUCAUUUCAACUUAACCUUACCAUGACACUAUUGUAUGAAGAUGAGUAAAUGUUAUUCCAUUCUAUGUAUAUACUGUAGUACUUUGUUUAAAUUUAAACACAUUUGAAUUUGCUAAAUCUUGUCAGCAGUCACCACAUGUUUGAUGUAUUGUCAUUUAAAAAAGAAAACAAUACUACAUUAAAUAGAUGUCUGCUGAGUUGUGAAAAUCAAGACACACAUGGUGUUUGAAGCUGUACUGUGAGGAUAGUGUUUCUUGGCGAGUCAGUUAUAUUGGGAAACAAGAGGUGUACAUGACACACUGUUAAUUACCACCAGGAACAUUCUCAUUAGUCAAUAAAGGUUUGUCUUUGCAUUGA